AUGUCUAGAAAUGUUAGCAACAAAGAAUUUGUAACGGAAAUGUUUUCAAAUCGUUCGACAGAUUUUGAAGUUCACCGGAAUUGGUUAGCGAUCACAAAAUCAACAAACAUCUCUGAGUGGUAUUAUGAAGAAACUUCGCAAUGGACACUUGAUUAUCCACCACUUUUUGCAUACUUUGAAUAUGUUCUAUCAUUCGUAGCAGAAUAUUUUGAUCCUGAGAUGCUCAAAAUUGAGAAUCUUAAUUAUGCAUCAGCCAACACGAUACUUUUUCAACGCUUAUCAGUGAUCUUUGUUGACGUUGUUUAUUUUCUUGGUGUUCGAGAAUGCUUCAAGAACUUGAAUCAAAUUGGGAAAAAUUAUCACGCCAUUCUUUUGUUGUUCAACGUUGGAUUAAUUAUCGUCGAUCAUAUUCAUUUUCAAUAUAAUGGAAUGCUUUUUGGAAUCUUGCUCUUAAGUUGCGGAAAAAUGUUUCAAAGGAAGUUUCUUCAAUCAGCUUUUUAUUUUGCAGUUCUGUUAAACAUGAAGCACAUUUUCAUUUACAUGGCGCCAGUUUACUUUUGCUAUCUGAUCAGACAUUAUUGUUUUGGAUCUAUUAGCAAAUUUAUUCAGAAUGUUGUAAAGCUAGGAUGUGUAGUAAUUGCAGUUACAUCAAUUUCAUUUGGUCCCUUUAUAAAACAUCUUCCCCAAGUCAUUUCAAGACUGUUUCCAUUUAAACGUGGCUUAACUCAUGCUUAUUGGGCGCCAAACUUUUGGGCACUUUACAAUGUUGUUGAUAAAGUUUUGACAGUUGUUAAAAGAAUUCCUCAGAAUGAUUCGACAACUGGUGGACUUGUACAGGAAUUUAAACACAAUGUUCUACCUUCGAUUACUCCAGCAAUAACUUUUCUAGCAGUUGCAGUCAUGAUGAUUCCAUGUUGUUUAAAACUUUUAACUAAUAAGACUGAAUCACCAAAAUCUUUCAUGAAACCUCUUAUAAUUUGUGCAGCAACAUCAUUCAUGUUCGGCUGGCAUGUCCAUGAAAAAGCAGUUUUAAUGAUUUUAAUUCCACUUCAAGUUUUGACUUUUCAUGAUAAAUCUGAAUCUGGUUCAUCAUUAUUUGUUUCUAUUUUUGGACUUUACUCACUCACCCCGUUACUUUAUACUAGCGAACUUAUUAUACCGAAAGGAAAAAAUAUUUCUUAUGUGAAAAUUACUUAA